AUGGGUAGCAUCAAGCGCAGCAAAACGAAAAGACGAACUCGCGACCUUGAUCAGGUCAAGGCCGAUCUGAAGUCACCCAAACACCUUGCCCAACACAAAAGCAACAAAGCCUCCGAAGACCUACCUGGGUUAGGCGCUUUUUACUGCGUCGAAUGCGCGAAAUACUUUAGCGACAGUCAUAACCUCAACGAGCAUCGCCGAGGGAAGAAUCACAAGAGAAGAGUGCGAAUGCUCAAGGAAGAAGCGCACACACAAAAGAUGGCAGAUGCAGCCGUGGGCUUGAGCACAGAAACCCGACGCAACCAGCACGAGCCGGAGAACGAAAUGUUGGUGGACGAUUGA